ACAAGUUCUCUCUGAAGAGCGCGGGCCUGAAGGCCGGCGGGGAUUUCUACAUGGAGCAGGUCCUGGACGGGCUGGACGGGGGGCCCUACUUCUCCAAGGGCCCCCCCAAGGGCGGCCAGGGCUUCGGGGAGCUGCGCUCCGACCCGGCCGGCGGGUUCUCGGUGCCGGAGCAGGACGCGCUGCGCUCGGACCUGACCGUGUCCAGCAGGCCGCUGGACGGCGGCAGCUGCUGCGGCCUGCGCGCGUCCCCGGCGCCCAGCGCGCCCGACAAGAGCGAGCUGGAGCUGGACAUGGACAUGGACAACAGGGGGGACAUGGGGGACCUGGGGGGGGACAAGUGUGGCGGAGACAGCAACGUGUCCAGCAGCAAGAAGCGGCGCCACCGCACCACGUUCACCAGCGCGCAGCUGGAGGAGCUGGAGAAGGUGUUCCAGAAGACGCACUACCCGGACGUUUACGUGCGGGAGCAGCUGGCCAUGAGGACGGAGCUGACGGAGGCCCGAGUGCAGGUGUGGUUCCAGAACCGGAGGGCCAAGUGGCGGAAGCGUGAGCGAUACGGGCAGAUCCAGCAGAUCCAGCAGGCCAAGAGCCACUUCGCUGCGACCUACGACCUGUCGGUGCUGCCGAGGUCCGACAGCUACACGCAGAUCCCCAACAACCUGUGGUCCAGCCCGGCCCCCGGGGGCCCCGUGGUGUCGUCCUGCAUGCUGCCGCGCGGCUCUCCGCCCUGCGUGGCGUCGUACGGGCCCUCGCCGCGCUCGGCGGCGGCGGCGGCGGAGCACGGCUACAUGGGCUUCCCCGGCCAGCAGAACCAGUUCGGACACGUCUCCCUCAACAACUUCUUCUCCGCCGACUCGCUGCUGCCGCCCCCCGCCUUCGAGACCAAGCCCGAGUUCGAGCGCCGCUCGUCCAGCAUCGCCGUGCUGCGCAUGAAGGCCAAGGAGCACGCCGCCAACAUCUCCUGGGCCAUGUGACGCCGACGACGUCCUCGCCGACCCGGAGACCCGCGGAGCUGAGACCCGUCUGGUCUGGGAGGACAGGAGGUCCAGCGUGACCCGGGCCGGAGCAGACGGGCCGGCAGGACCAGAGACUGCUGGGAGUUCUGGACUUUAAACGCUGGACCCAGAUAGGACCGGUCCCGGGUCCCGGGUCUUCCUCCCUCGCCCCGGCUCCGGGCCCGGGACCAGCUGGACCAGAAGAACCAGAGAAGGACUUGGACUCGUGGUUCUGACCCGGACCGCCUCGCAGAGGCAAAACCAGUUUGUCUGACGGAAGCAGAAUAAAUGAAAAACCCCAGACCCGGCUGCGUCUGCGCUUCUUUACCGAUCUGGGUCAGACGAACCCCGAUUAGAGCCGAGCCGGCGGUUCUGCCGCUCCGGGUUCAGGAGUCGGAUGUUUGACCCGGUUCGUAGCCGCGGCCGACCCGGGUAAAACCCAGAACCUGGUUAGUUUCAGGAGAACCGCUGGUUAAACGCGGCGAUGGAUCCGAGUUUCAUCUUGUUUGUUUGAAGACAAACAAAGAAAAACCUCCCAGAACCAGAACCAGAACCGGCAGACCCGGAGGAACCCGUCUCUGGAUGCCGUCGGUGUCGUCGGUCGCCAUGGCAACAUCUAGGUCAAAGUGGCUCCUCUGGGACUCAGGUAGGACCAGAACCUUCGUGCUGACUGGCCCGGUACGUUCUGUACCGGAGGGGCCGAAGGUCCGGUUCUGGAGCCGUGACGAGUGGAAACGCCUCCUGGUACCACCGAGGUCCAGUUCCAGCAGCAGGAACCGGGCCGUGGACCGACCCGGGACAGCGUUCGGACCCUGUUCUUCCUCUGUCACACGUCCAGGUUCCACAGAACCGGUCUAAGGUCCGAGCUCAGAGACGCAGGCGCCGCCUCUGGACCUCCAUGUCCCGGGUUUCCAUGGCAACCCUCGUCGCCGAGGUCCCGUCAGUUAGUGACGGAAGUAUUGAAUAUUUUAGUAAUCCAGUAUUCUACUGAAAAUUCCAUCGAUUAAUCAGAUAAAACAUAUUUUUGUUUAGUUAAAGAGCGAUUAUAAAUAUACAUAAGAUGUUAGAUGUUAAUUGACAUUACUAAGACUAAAUUAUAUAAUACAGCAGGUUCAUGGCUGUGCAUUUAAUACCCUGAACUUACACCAGUCGACCAAAUUCACUGCCUUGUAGGGCUGGGCGAUAUGGACCAAAAGUCAUAUCUUGAUAUUUUCUAGCUGAAUACUCGAUAUAUAUCUCGAUAUUUUUUCUGUGACAUAAUUGGGGUUUCCCCCAAAGCAUUAUAGCAUAGCAUCUCUGUUAGCUUCAUUUUUUCUGAGGCAAACCCUUAAAAAAACAGUCAGUUUUAAUACAAAGCCUCGUGCCAAAUGUCACACAGGUUCCUUUAUUAACAGAGGUCUGCACAAUAUCAAAAUGUAUAAAACAAAUGAAAUAAAAACAAACUGCCUGCAUAUAUAGAAUAAAAAUGCUUCUUGAAUAAAAUAAAACAAAUAUCCCUUUCCUGCAUAACAAUUAAAUUAAAAUACCCUGUGCAAUUAAUACAAUGUAGACAGUAACAGGCAGACUUUUUCACUGAGGUUGACAGUUGUGCAAAUAACAAAACAUUUGUGCAAAUCUCAAAUAAAACAUUCAAGUCAAUUUGUCACAAAAUAAGCUAUAUCAAAAUCAUAAAAAAAAAAAAAUAAAUUUAAUAAUCGAUAUAAACGAUAUUGUCUCGUACCAUAUCGCAUUUGAAAAUAUAUCGAUAUAUAUUAAAAUCUCGAUAUAUCGCCCAGCCCUACUGCCUUCACUCAAAAAACUAAGGAUCUUACCAAGAAAUGUUCUUAUUUCUAACCUAAAAAUGCCAUUACACCUGAUAACACACAUAACUUAAAGGUUAGGUGUUUUUCCCACGUGUUUCAAUUGAACUUUCAUUUGUGUCAAGCAAAUUUUAAGUUCUAGUUAAGUUUUAAGUUAAAGUGUUGAUAAGAUUUUGAGUUUUGGCAGUGUUCAAAAUAAAAUGAUGAGACCUGCUGUAUUGGAGCACAUUUUCUUUUAGUUCAAACUGUAGCGGGAACAGAUGUUUAGAGGAACCUAUGUAUGUACCGGGUGAAGGAUGAUUUAUGGUUCCGUGUUACAACAACACAGAGCCGCCGCCGUAGGCUACGGCGUAGGCUCUGUGUUGUUGUAACGCGGAUCAAUAAUUUUGGCUUUAGAGGGGGAGUGCUGGGCGGUUUACCGGUUCAUACCGAAUACCGGUGUUUAUUUUUCUUAUGAUAUGAAUUUUUCAUAUACCGUAAUACCAGUGAGUAUGUACAGUAGCGUACACAACGUUGGGAACGCCGCGCGGCGCUACGUUCCGCCGCGCCCUUAGUUUUUUUCGGUGUUCGGUGGAAUAAGUGGGAAAAAAAUCGAACAAUUAAUAACGGCGUUGUAAUAUAAGGAAAUAGACUGGCCGCUCCCGUAACGGUUGCACCACAAACAUAAAUC